GAAAUUGCCGUAUUUGACAAGAAGACAUCUUAUUCCUAUAAUUUCAUCUUUGAGAUGGAAGUAGUUGUGGAGAAGCAAGGUCAUGAGUACGUAGAAAAAGCAUUGUUAAGAUUGGAAGUUCAAGCAUUCAUUUUAGUUGGCCUUUUUUUACAAAUCAUUCUCAUCAUAUUUGGCUUUCGAAGAAAAUUUAUUGUUAGAAAUUGGAUAAGACUCCUUGUCUGGUCAGCAUAUUUAGGAGCAAAUUGGAUGGCAACUGUUGCCCUCGGCAACCUUGGAAAAUACGAAGAAUAUGGUGAAGUAGACUGUGGCAUUUAUAAGGAUAAAACAUAUUGUGAAGAGUAUAUAGAUUUUGUGGAAGGAAACAAAAAACUCAGCAUAUUGUGGUCACCUUUCCUUCUCCUACACCGUGCUGGUCCAGACACUAUCUCAGCUUACUCUUUAGAAGACAAUGAUUUGUGGUCGAGGACCUUUUUUAUGUUCAUUGCGAACGUCGGGGGAGUGUUUUAUCUCUUUGCAAUAACCUUGAGCAGCAUGUUUACUUUCAGAGCAUAUAUAUCCGUUCCAAUAUUUAUUUCCGGAAUUAUUAAAUAUGGAGAGAGAGUUUAUGUACUUUGGUCUUCAAGCACAGAGCGUUUUAAAGAGUCUUUGCUCUCAAAUCCUGAUCCGUUUCCAGAUCUUGUUAAAAUCACAAAACAAGAUAUGGAGAAAAAACUAGAGGGGGAGGAAAUUGAUAUUGAGAGGGAAGCAGUAAAGGAUGAAUCACAUCAAAUCUUUGAAGCUUUUUUUCUGUUCAAGAGUUUUGCAAAUUUGUUUUCGGGUCUUAUUCUUGAUGACAAUGAAUUGUUGAUAAGUAACAAGAUCUUUAGCGGAAAGUUGGCUGAAGACGCUUUCAGUUUGGUAGCAAUUGAGCUUGGGAUCAUGUAUGAUGUUCUCUACACGAAGGCUAUUGUUGCCUAUUCUCGAUUAGGAAUCUUUCUCCGUUGCAUCAGCUUCUUUUGCUCUUCUUUCUCAUUAAUUUUGUUCCCACUUUACAUUCAGUUUGAUGAUUUCUUUCUGGUUGACACCUUAAUAACUUUCUCACUUCUAGCUGUGGCUUUUCUUCUUGAAAUUCUUGCCGUCGUCGAACUUUAUUCAACUGAUUGGGCAACACUUAUUCGUUUAAUUAAAAAAAAGAAAGCACAACCAAUGUCAGUUUUUGGCAAUCGCAAGAGGUGGUCGAAGGUCAUGGGACAAUUCAACCUUUUAAGUUGUUGCUUCAAAGAGGAGCCAGCCAAAUAUAUGAGGGUCCAGAAUUUCUUCUUCAUCGGAAGAUAUGUCAGUGCUGGUGGAGGGGUGCAAGCUUGCUAAACAAUUGCAAUCACUUCAAUAUGAGGAUGGUUGGAAUGAGGAAAAAAAAUGGAAAAUGAUAACAGAAGUGUGGGUGGAAAUGUUGACAUAUGCUGCAAACCAGUGUGAUUGGAAAGAUCAUGGUUACCAACUUAGGAAAGGUGGAGAGCUGCUCACUCAUGUUCGUCUUCUAAUGACACAUCUUGGUUUAAGUGUACAAUACAGCAAAUAUGGGAGGAAAAUUGGUUAAUCACUUCAUCCCUGAAUGCAGAAAUAAGUGCAUGCUUCAUUGCACUUGUACAAAAGCUUGUUGCGUUUGAUUGUUGAAAUUUUAGUA